AAACCAGUUUUAUUUUUAUAAAAGAGCGUCACGAUGAUGAUGAUGGAGGGUUCCUUGUUGAGAAUUACUUUAACCCUUCUCCUUUCUUUGGUCACUAUUCAUCCUCCUCCUAACUUCUGCACUGCCCACUCUGACUCUGAGGUUCGUUGCAUUGAAAGCGAUCGACACGCCCUUCUCAACUUCAAGCAUGACCUUCUAGAUCCUUCAAACCGGCUUGCCUCUUGGGCAUCUGACAUGGAUUGUUGUGACUGGGUCGGUGUUCUCUGCCACAACGUUACCGGUCACAUCCUCCAACUCCGUCUCAAAAGCUUUCCUCCUCUGUAUGACAAGUUUACAAUUAAUGAUGAUGCCCAUUGGGAUGCUCAAUAUGAAGCUUAUGAGAGGUCAGUGUUCGGUGGUAAGAUAAAUCCUUCUCUGCUUGAUUUGAAGCAUUUGAUUUACUUGGACCUCAGCUUCAAUUAUUUCAAUGGGACUCAAAUUCCCAAAUUCCUCGGUUCCAUGGAGAGCUUAAGAUAUCUUAAUCUCUCCAGUGGGGGAUUUGGGGGAUUGAUUCCUCAUCAACUUGGGAAUCUCUCUAAUUUGCAAUAUCUCAAUCUUGGAUUUGAUUAUUUUGAAAGUAAUAAUUUAUAUGUCAAGAACCUUCAAUGGCUCUCUGGUCUUCCUUUACUACAACACCUUGAUUUGAGUUAUGUAAAUCUUAGCCAAGCCUCUAAUUGGCUACAGGAUAUAAACAAACUUCCUUCCUUGUCAGAGUUGCGAUUGUCAUAUUGUCAACUUUCUCGUUUCAUCCCACCACCGAUACCCAGUAUUAACUUUUCAUCUCUCACCACCCUUGAUCUUUCAUUCAACUAUCUUCAAAACACUUCGAUUCUGUUUUGGGUCUUUGAUCUUCAUAAUUUGGUUUCUCUUGAUCUAUCUCAAAAUCAGUUUCAAGGUCCAAUCCCUGUUCAUCUCCAGAACUUGACUUCACUUAGGCACCUCAAUCUAUAUGACAACAGUUUCAACUCUUCAAUUCCCAAUUGGCUCUACAGUUUUAGUCAUCUUGAGCUCCUCAACCUCGGCUUCAAUAAUUUGCAAGGUACAAUCUCUAGUGCCAUUGAAAACCUAACAUCUGCCAUUAGCAUAGACUUGUCAGGUAAUGAACUUGAAGGAAAGGUACCUAGAUCUUUGGGUAACCUCUGCAACUUAAGGGAAAUUAGGUUGUCAUUAAACAAAUGGAGUCAAGAGAUAUCUGAAAUCUUUGAAAGUCUAUCAGGAUGUGUUUCAAAUGGACUAGAGCUCUUAGAAAUGGACAAUGCUCAACUGUCUGGGCAUUUGACUGAUGAUCUUGGGCAAUUUAAAAAUCUGGUCAUCCUUUCUUUGGGGUCUAAUUCAAUUUCAGGUCCAAUUCCAUGGUCUAUAGGAAAUCUUUCCUCUUUGAGAUCCUUGGACCUUGAGAGUAACCAAAUUAAUGGUACUCUCCCUCAAAGCUUUGGACAGCUCUCCAAAUUAGAGUCUCUGUAUAUUGGUUUAAAUAUGUUGAAGGGUGUGGUGUUAGAAGUUCAUUUUGCCAAUUUAAUGAGAUUAAAAAGACUUGUUGCAUCUCAAACCCAAUUGACUUUAGAAGUAAGUGACAAUUGGACCCCUCCUUUUCAACUCAACCAUUUAGAUUUGGGAUCAUGAAAUUUAGGGCCAAAAUUUCCUUUGUGGCUCUCUUCACAAAAGCAACUUUUGACCUUGGGCAUAUCCAACACAAGGAUUUUAGAUGCAAUUCCUCCUUCCUUUUGGAACUUGACUUCUCAGCUUUCUUAUCUAAAUAUCUCUCAUAAUCAGAUAUAUGGAGAGAUUCCACAUAUCCCAGUGAUUUUGCUCUAUAGUUCAAUAAUUGAUGUGAGUUCAAAUAACUUCACAGGUCCAUUACCUUGUAUAUCCUCGAAUGUGAGCUUUCUUGAUCUUUCUAACAAUUCACUAUCUGGAUCUAUUUCUCACUUUUUGUGUUACAAGAUGAAUGAGCCCAAAAAGAUGGAAUUUCUCAAUCUUGGAAAAAAUCUUUUAUCAGGGAAAUUAAGUAAUUGUUGGAUGAUGUGGAAAUACUUGUAUGCCUUAGAUUUGGGAAAAAACAAUUUCACUGGUAGUAUUCCAACCUCCAUUGGAUCUUUGGUUUAUCUUUCAUAUUUGCACCUAGAAAACAACAGAUUCUCUAGAAAAUUACCAUCAUCUUUGAUAAAUUGUAAAGAGUUGGUGACCAUUGAUAUUGCUAAGAAUGAUUUUGUUGGAAGCAUACCUUCUUGGAUAGGACAUAGACUUUCACGCUUGGUGAUUCUUAACCUUCGCUCAAAUAAUUUUCAUGGUUACAUCCCAGAAGAACUUUGUUCUCUAACAUCACUCCAAAUCUUGGACCUUUCACAUAAUAAGCUAUUUGGAAGCAUACCUAAAUGUGUCCACAAUUUUAGUGCCAUGGCCACAAGUAAUAGUUCACAUUAUUCCUUUUCUUUAUAUCUCCCAUCAACAGGAUAUAAUUCUCAGCCUUUUGAAAGUCAAUUGGUUGUGAUUAAGGGAAAAGAUCUUGAGUAUUCCACCACUCUUCAACUGGUAAAAAUUAUAGACCUUUCCAACAACAAUUUAUCAAGAGAGAUCCCUAAAGAAGUGAUGCAUCUCAAAGGAUUACAAUCAUUAAAUUUGUCAUUUAAUAUCUUGACUGGAAGGAUUCCUGAGAAUAUAGGUGAUAUGGGAUCAGUGGAGUCUAUUGAUUUCUCAAGUAACCAACUUUCUGGUCAAAUUCCUCAAAGUAUGUCAAGUUUGACAUUUUUGAGUCAUUUGAACUUGUCAAACAACAAUUUAAUUGGGAAAAUCCCUUCAAGUACUCAGCUACAAAGCCUCAGUGCCUCUAGUUUUUCUGGAAACAAACUUUGUGGACCUCCUCUUAUUGAUAAUUGUUCUAUAGAUGAUGUAAAACCCAACACUGAGAACAAAGGGAGCAGCGGUGGGCGUGAAGUGGAUUGGUUCUAUGUGAGCAUGACACUUGGAUUUGUGGUUGGGUUUUGGGUUGUAUGGGGUCCUUUACUAAUGAACAAGCAAUGGAGAAUCAUGUACUUUCAAUUCCUAGAUCGCAUGGGGUACAAGCUUGGGAUGUUUUGGCACAAACUUGAUAGCUUUUACUUAAAUGUUGUGAGAUUCUUAUCCUGUUACUAGCCAAUGUUUCUUGUGGUGCAUGGAUAUGUUGUAGUUUCAUUUUGAAAUAAUUUGUAUCUUUUGUUAGCUCAAUCAUUUUGAAAUAAUUUGUAGACAAUUUUUUUUCUU